AUGUUAGGAAUCACCAAUCUCAUGACCAAGCUCAGGGCAUGCUCUGCGAUAUAUUCCCUUAAGCAAAUUGAACAUUAUGUAGGCUGUGCUUACGAAAAUCCUAGGACUUAUUUAUCUUGUGCACCCAUGCCGCCAAUUGACAUUUCUUCUGCCGUCACUAGAGGACAGCCACCUUUCACUCGACCAUCAAUCAAUCUAGACGAUCAAUAUGAUGUUGAAGGGGUUGCUCGGUCACUUCCAGAGCUGGUGGAAUUUCAUGCCAGGUUCAACCCGGGCCACUUGUUCUGCAGACAGGCUCGGAAGGAGGAUUCAAACUCUUCAGAUUAUGAAUUUGUCAAUGUUGAUUACUCCUUGCUGAAACAAGCCAUCCUCAACUGUCAGGAAUGGCUUCGUGCUACCGUCGCCGAAUUACAAUUCCCCUCCGAGAAUGAGAACCACACCAUUAUUCGAGGCCCACCGAUCGCGCUCUUCAUGAGUAGUCAUGUCACCUUGGUUAUAUAUAUUUUCGCGCUGAUGGGGAUGGGCGUGCCAGUGGUAUUAUUGUCGACGCGGCUUAGCCCGAUGGCUAUCAACCAUCUUCUUGGGCGGACGGCAUCCGAGGCGAUCCUUGUAUCACCACGACUGAAUCCGGUGGUUCAAGAAGCUGCUGCGCUGCAUAUCACCCAGAAGAUGACACGAGACGACGGACAGAGUGACCAUGUGUCCCUCCCCCCGAGGAAGCAUACUGUUGCAUUUCCGAGCCGGUACAAUCCUCCCAGUUUUGAUGAAAUCCGAGAAGAAGUGAGCCGAGAACCUAGAUCAGGAACAAUUAUUCAUCCUCUCCAUUACAUCUCCGAAGCAGACUGCAAUGUCCUGGUUCUCCAUUCUUCUGGAAGCACAGGUCUACCAAAACCGAUAUAUACAUCUCACCGGCACUACUUCAGCUUCGCACUCUGCCACGAGCUAAGCACUGAUGAGGAAAUAUUAUCCCCUACAAUGUCCACAUCCCCGCUAUUCCAUGGUUUCGGAUUACUUCCUCCAUGCCUUUCAUUGGGAAUAGGAAAGCCAUUUUGCCUUCCACCUUCUGAAGGCAUUUCGACUGGUCUGUCCGUCGUACAAUUACUCCACUCUAGUGGUGCAAAGUCACUUCUUACUGUCCCGUCAAUCCUUGAGGAAAUUGCUUCGCUCCCUGAAGACAAGGGAUUACGGAUACUUCAAAGUCUCCAUUUCGUUGCUUUUGGGGGCGGUCUACCAAAGGAAACGGUUUGUCAUACACUAUCCGCCGCGGGGGUCAGGCUGGUUAACCACUACGGUACAACGGAGACGGGACCCUUAGCACCGCUAUACGUUCCCCCACCGGGCUACGAUUGGCAUUACUUCAAGUUUCGAACGGAUAUCCGAAAAUCACUACGAGUCCAAUUCAGUAAUUGCUGUACAGACAAUGUUCAAAGCGGCAACCAUUUGCAACUUAGCCUACAGCCACUUGGAUGGCUGGAUAGGUUUCAUGUACAGGAUAUUCUGGUAAAAAAACCUAACUCGGAAACGGAAUUCAGCAUUCUGGGUCGGAGCGAUGACUUAAUCUGCCUUGCGACGGGAGAGAAGGUUCGUCCCACGAUUUUAGAAACCGCUUUGCUUGAAAGCCCAACGGUCAAGGCCGCUCUAGCCUUUGGAGAUGGGCGAUUUGAAAUAGGCGCCCUGGUAGAGCCGGUGUUUCCAGUCGCCGAAGGGGAAUUUGAUCAGUUCAAGUCCUCUCUAUGGCCAACGAUAGAGAAAGCCAACCAGCAAAUGGAUUCUCAUGCUCGCAUUUCGUCGCCUACUACACUGGUGAUUGUGGCGCCGGGGAGCCUGCCUCGUUCUGACAAGGGAACAAUUAUCCGGCGCGAGGCGCAUCAGCAAUUUGAAAAUGAGAUUUUGAAAGCCUACGAUAGUUUGGAGACCACUGGUGCCAAUUUCUGUGCUGCUACGUUGGAAACGACAUGUCUUGAAUCUGGACUUCGCGCGUUGAUACGCGAGAAUCUCACGUGGAAAGUUAGUGAUGCCGGCUGGAACGAUGAUACCGAUUUCUUUGAGUUAGGAAUGGACAGUUUGCAAGCGACAAUGCUGCGUAGGUUCGUGAUCGCAGCUCUUCCAGAUGACUUGGCGUCAUUCCGAAGCAUGGAUCGUGAUUUUCUAUACCGGCAUUCCUCAAUUUCAAAAUUGGCGAGAGCAUUGAGAAAGUCCGAUGCGUCAUUUAUCGAGAAAACUACUGAUGUUUCCAACGAAACGCUUGAGGCUUUCAUCGACCAAUUUGGCUUGCAACGGAGGAAGGAUCUUACUGUACUGUUAACAGGCAGCAAUGGCAGCUUGGGAGCCCAUCUCCUCGCUCACCUAGCUAAGGAUCCUAGCGUCUUCCAUAUUAUCUGCCUUAACCGCCCUUCAGUGCAAGAUCCAUACGAGAGACAGCAGCAGUCUCUACGGUCCAAGGGCCUAAGCCUAUCAGAGCGUGAGUGGGAAAAGAUCAGAAUUUAUCAAUCUAAUUCCAGCCUCCCGCAGUUAGGGUUGCCAGAAAAGGACUAUAUGACCCUUCAGGAGGAGGUUACACACAUUAUCCACAACGCUUGGCCGAUGAAUUUCAAAAUGGGGUUAUCAUCGUUCGAACCUCAGUUCAGAACGUUACAAAAUCUUCUGCUCCUUGCUCGAGGAGCGCAUUCAAGUAACCCGUCGUUGAACGUGAGAGUUCUAUUCAUAUCUUCCAUCUCGGUAGUGGGUCGAUAUGGAGAGGUAUACAAUGAAGCUAUAGUACCCGAAGCGCCCAUACGCGACUUCAAUGCCACUUUGCAUCUUGGGUACGCGAAGGCUAAACUGGUAUGUGAACAGAUCAUCGAACGGACUCGGGCACGUUAUCCCGAGAUCGAGUUGGCCUAUGUAAGGGCUGGCCAAAUUGCCGGCUCUAGCAUGGGGUAUUGGAAUAAGGAGGAACAUUUCGUGGCCCUUGUGGCGUCGUCCCAAAAAAUUGGAAAGCUCCCUAAUUUAAAUGGGACUCUUUCGUGGCUCCCCGUCGAUGUGGCUGCCGCCGUCAUAUCUGAUAUCCUUCUCAGCUCGGAGCCUAUGCAGCUGGUGUAUCAUCUUGAAAAUCCAUUUCGACAAUCGUGGCGUGAAGUCUUAGACACUUUGGCUGUUGGAUUGAAUCUAGGCAAAGACGAUCGCCUCUCCUUCCAUGAAUGGAUUGACGCUGUGGAAUCUGCCCCAGAUAAAGGGAACCGAGCCAAGCAGUUGGCGAGUUUCUUUAAAGAGGACUUCGAACGUAUGUCGGGCGGUAGUUUGGUGCUCGGUACGGAGACUUCACAAAGAUACUCUCCGACUUUGAGAAAAGCGGGAACUGUUACAAAGGAGAUAAUGCAACAAUAUUUAGCCUACUGGAAAAGUAUUGAGGUUAUUUCUUGAUUGCAAUCUGACGCCAACGUGCUCUCUAAGCUAGGUUGGGCGUAUUCUUAAGUGCUACACCGGUAUCUCCAUGCCCUCACCUUUGCUGCGUCCGGUUUUAAAAAUUUUCUAUGCGCCGUUCUUGUUUUUGCAUGAUAGCCCAUUAAAGCCAGUUUCUGGUGGCAGUGAUGCAUUUCAUGCUACUUCUCGAAGGUUUUCUUUCUGACGGAUGGUGAAAUUGCCAGGCUUACCUUUCUCAAGCAGGCUGUACUCAGCCCUUCCCAUUUAGUUACAUGCUUAGCUAUAUAUUUACAGAUUAAGUCCACAUAACGUACGCAGAUACGUAUUUAUUGCGCAUUUUCAAUCAGUAA